AUGUUUCGAAAUACAUAUAAAUUUAACACAGUGUUUCGAAAUCAUGAGGUACAAAGACGUAAACACACCAGUAAGUUGGAUAUAAUUAGAGAAAAACUAAGAGAAGGUCCCGGUUUGGCUGAUUUCAUCUCAGAAGAUAGACCUGCGACCUGGGAUGAUUAUGAAGGGAAGUUAAAACGAGAAAAGGGGGAGGUAGAUCGACUCAGACUGCCACCCUGGUUAAAAACAUCAAUUCCUACAGGGUCAAAAUUUAGUGCUUUGAAAGAACAACUCCGUGGCUUAAAACUCAGCACAGUGUGUGAAGAGGCUCGAUGUCCUAAUAUUGGUGAAUGUUGGAGCGGCGGGAAGAAUGGAACCUCCACAGCUACAAUCAUGCUGAUGGGAGACACGUGUACUCGGGGCUGUAUGUUCUGCUCGGUGAAAACAUCUCGUGCGCCACCCCCGUUGGAUGUGGAGGAACCGCGCAACACAGCGCUAGCCGUCAGCCAGUGGGGAUUGGGCUAUAUUGUGCUCACUUCUGUUGAUAGAGACGAUUUACCUGAUGGAGGCUCUUCACAUUUUGCUGAAACGGUCCGAGAAAUAAAAAGACAGAACAAAGAGAUCCUGGUGGAAUGUCUGGUUCCCGACUUCCGAGGAAACCGCGAUUGUAUCGAAACGAUUGCGAACUGCGGCCUGGACGUGUUUGCGCACAACAUAGAGACGGUCGAACGACUCACUCCCUUCGUGAGGGACCGGAGGGCUGGGUACCGUCAAACUCUGAAAGUACUGGAGACUGCGAAAGAGGUGAACCCGGACUUGGUGACGAAGUCUUCGAUCAUGCUUGGACUGGGAGAGACCGAUCAGCAAGUUGAGCAGACUCUGAAAGAUCUCCGUUCAGCCGGCGUGGACUGCGUGACUCUCGGACAGUACAUGCAGCCGACAAAGCGUCAUCUCAAGGUCUUCGAGUAUGUGACUCCAGACAGAUUCAAGCAAUGGGAGAAAAGGGGUUCAGAGCUGGGCUUCCUGUACACAGCUAGUGGCCCACUCGUGCGAUCUUCCUACCGAGCUGGGGAGUUCUUCAUCGCCAGCCUCCUCAGGGACAGGAGGGCCAGCACCUCGUGA